AUGUUCACAUUGGGCAAGGUCAGAUCUGAGCGUGGCGGAAGGCUGAAGUUCCUCGCAGAGGUGAAAGACGUGGCGAUGGUAAUGCAACGCCUCGAGGACGUCAGGCCGAAUUUGAUGCCACUCACAAAGAGCCCGGAUCUUCUCCUCUACCAGAUGAGAGAAUACGGAGUGGUCUUGUCUGGCUCCAGAGCAGCCGAGUACUUUGCGCCUGGUGCAUCCCUGGAAGACUCGGACUGGGGCUUCUACUAUGACGCAUCGAACGAUUUCAUAGAACAGUUUGUAGAGAAGACGGCAGUGCACGGGAUAAAGUGUAGAGAGGGACCGGGAGUACAAUACCAACUCGACGGAGGAGGCCGACGUUAUGGCACCGUGGAGAAUCAACUACGAAGGGACGUCUUCGUCAGGGCACGGCGUGCAACUUAUAUCGUGUGCUCUUUCAGCCUGCACGCAGAUACUGUGCAACUUUGA